AUGAACGUUAGUGAUUUGAAAUAUUUAGUUGAAAAUUUCAAUGAUUACAUUGUGGUCAAUUGUGAAAUUAAGUACGCAAUUGCAUGCAUUGCCUUUAAUCCUAUCUUCUGGAACAUUGUUGCAAGGACCGAAUACAAAACUCAUUUCCUUACAAAAAUAACCGGAUCAGCUAAAGUUGGAUGUUAUUUAUUAGCAUUCACUAUUUUCAGUUUAGGAAUUUAUAGGGAUAAUGUAUACCACCAGGCAUUGCUCAAUCAACCAACUUACGGACCUCUUUUGAAGUCCAAUGUUGUCAAAGCUUUAGCAAUUGGUACUUUUGGAUUCGGAAAUGUCUUAGUUUUAUCAUCUAUGUACAUGUUGGGUGUUACAGGCACAUAUCUCGGAGAUUAUUUUGGAAUCUUGAUGAAGGAACGUGUUACAGGGUUCCCAUUCAACAUAAAUGACAAUCCUAUGUAUAAUGGUUCGACGUUAUGUUUCUUGGGUACAGCAUUAUGGUACGGUAAACCAACAGGUAUUGCUAUUGCAGGAUUUGUCUUUGUCAUGUACAAAAUUGCUUUAUAUUUUGAAGAGCCAUUUACAGCUCAAAUUUAUGCAAACAGAGACAAGCAAUCCAAGAAAGUGCAAUAA